AGUUGGAUUGCCACAGACGAGCCCAGUAAUGGGACGACUUCCGCCGGAUAUGUUCCUUCGAGGAUUCCUUCCUAGUGUGAUGUCGCCCCGAGGGGACGGGCCUACGCCCAUUCCGGACAUCUCGGCUAGUGAACUCCGUCCUAAACCUAACCUGGACGUGGUUCGCUUCCCAACCUUACCUAGGUUCCCGAUAGACAUGCCGCCAGUCCAAGUACAACCUGGACCCAACUCACCACUCCAUACCCAACCACCAUCACAGUCUUGCUUCGCUGAGUACGUGAAAAUUGUGAAGCAAUGUCUGAAGAACGCUAAUGUAGAGCUUCCGGCUGCGCAGAACUUCCUUCCCGGAAAAUCCAGCUACGACCAAGGGGGUGUCUGCGACAAGAAGCAAAUGAUAACCGAGUGUAUCGUCGGUAAUAUCCGUCCUUGUUCAAGUCUAGCCGAGCAGGCCCUGGUCAGGCGCACAUUGGCCGAAACCUUAGCCGAGAUGAACCGGGACUGUCGCCUCCAUGAACUCGAGUCCAUUGAAAGCCGUCUUGUGGGGGAGAUACAGCCAGGCCCCGAUGCUGUACAUCAUAAACUGGAACUCCUUGAGCCCCUCCCACAACCUACACCUGCUGAUGACGUCACACCAACCACCCCUAAACCCGAGCCAACCACCGAGGAACCCAAACAGAAUGUUGAUAAUGAUGAUCACACCCGAUCCGAGACUGAGGAAACUGCCGUUUCUAAUGACAAUGAUGACGCCAGAGGUCACAUGGACCCGAACGCUCUCCACCAUACACAUGACAUACAUGUGGAAGAACUCGCACCUGAAUAUUACCUCCCCUUACUGAUAGGAACGGCUAUCGGUCUAGCUCCCGUCAUCCUUCUGCUCAGCGCCCUCUUAUGCAUCUGCUGCAGACGAAGAAUUAAGAAAAAGAUUUAUAUUGAGCGACAACCGGAGAAUCCAAAGCUGCUGGACGGAGUCUACACCAUUGGAGUUCCUCCACCCGUGUAUGAGGUAACACACGGCAUUCCUCACAUCUCGUACGAGGAAGCUAAGGGCGAAAAAAUUACCGGAAGUCCAUCUUCUCUCAGACGUCACAAUAUCGAAAACGAGGCGUACGAACGGGUCGAAGGAGCAAACACGAAGGGUGUGGUAUCCGACAUCUAGAAGUGUUGCUGUCUUGACUUUUUACUUAAUGUACAUCUUUGUAUAAGGGGAUGCUGUCGACCCUUUGUCCACAAAAACGUGACGUUAUUUUCUAUGCAAUAUACAGAUAAACAGCACGUGACUCCAUGACGUCACCGCAAUGUGUGUUAUACGUCCCAGGACGUUGAAGGUAGGAGAAUAGUAUUUUUAUAAGCUGUUAACAGCGUCGUCACUAGUGUUUUACUGUAGAACUUAUUCUACUCUUAUGUUUGUAUAUGCCUCCGACUACAUCUGAGUAAAACUUGACGAAAAAACA